UUCGUCUGGACAUUGGCACCGGGCGUUCGUGAAAUCGGGUCUAUAACUAUAAGAUCAAGUCGCAGCGAACGGGUUUGUUUCUUAUUCCUCCGCGAAACUUUGAGCGACCAGCACGAACACUAUGGUCUUGAAACUUUUUUGUCUUUGAGAAUUUUUAAAUGUCGAGCGCACAGUUUUAUUUCGCAUUUCGUCUGUGAUACAGUGACAAGACAGCAAUCAGUGCCAUCAUGUUUGGAUUUCGUUACAUCACGUUUGUCGGAAUAUUGAUGCUACUGCAGCAUUUAAGAGAAGCUGAUUCAUUCGCUCUGCAUACGAAUGAGAAAAGAAAUAUUGACUAUCACGACGGCGCCGUUAUUCAAUUAUCUGGUAAAACUAUAUCCAUAAAAAAUGUUGAAGAAGAACUCGAAGAAGCUAAUCAUGGCGGAGAAACGGCGGUCAGAGCCAAGCGAACGGCACUCACAGCCACAAUCGAUGGAAAGUUUACUGUACACUUAAUUGUCAGUGUUAAACCAGCGGAACAAGUAGUAGCCGUCCCACCCCGGGUAACUAAAAUUGGUCGACUCCGCACAAGUGGAGGGCCAGUCCAAAGUCCAGCCAUUUCCAAGAGUUGCCAGAACGAGUACUGCGACUUUGCGAUGGAACUAGAACUUUUGAAACAAGUCUCGAAACCUGCGGUCGAUUCAACAGUCGGCGAAAUCAAAAAAGAAGAAGAAGAAGAAGCCAAUCAAAACCAAACCAGAAGCCAAGGUCGAGUGAGAAUACCAAUCACACCUGCUGCUGCCAAAAGAGAUUCCAAAUUGAGAGCUAGUCGCACUCAGGCGACCACGACUCGCUACCCGAUGAUAACACCCACAUCAAUCAAGCCGGUCCUCGGCAGAAACAAAAUAGAGACGACAACAACCCGCUAUUAUCGGACUUCAUCAGCAUCUAAUAGACCAUCAGUGUCAAAUCAGGUGUUGAACAGAACAAGAACGGGUGUUGGACGCUACCAGUCGACACGAAUACCGACCAACGCAACCCGAUUCGGUCAAAUUCGAACAAACGCUGCGACACGUAAUAAUCCACUUUCCAUAGAUUCAAGGGAAGAAUUGGUAUUGUUUUCGGAGAAAAGAAACGAAAAUGCCCAAAAUGGCCCCAAUAAAUCAAGGGCACGACAAAAAGAAGGAAAAUCCCCGUCGGCGCUAUUAACCAGAUUUCAAACGACUCGAAUUCACAGGAAAAAAGUAACCGAUAACGCUGACGUCAGCGUAGGAACGAAUGAAUCGAUUCCAACAACAACUGAAAUAAGUCAAGUUCAAACGGCUAAUAAUAACAGCGGCACGGACAAACCGGAAUGUAAUUCGAAUGUGACGUUUGAAUUCGAUGUGCCAAUUUUCAGAGAUUCGGUCGAGCACAGGAAGAAUGUAUCCGCCGACGAAAUCAAUGUGACUACCCCGGCAGCGGAAGAUGUCGCCACACCAACAACAGUCGGCAACACUAUUUUUGUGAUGCCGAUACCACUGAACCGCCGAAUAAUGUCAAAUGUCACGCAGUUGGACGAACUCAAAAUAGAACCAACACAAAAUAAUGUCACGCAAGGGCGGCCGGUAUCAGAGAUUCCCUUAGAGUCGAUGAGUGAGGAUCUAACAACAACGGAGGAAACUAUUCUAAACCCAACGGAGAUUAGUGUCCCCAUCGAGACGACGGAGAAUCCCAUUUCUAUUAAUUCUGAAAACUCUGACUACUUUCCAUGGGAACAGAUUGGCGAUUUUGAAUAUCAAAUCAACCCAAAAUCAAAACAAGUAGUCAAUAUUCGACUGCUGCAAACGACGACGACGACUACCGCAUCUUAUAAUCCAGUUACUAAAUCAUACGAGGAACAAGGAAAUAAUUCAAGUUUGAAAGAACCGCCAGGGCAACAAGAUAACUUGGAUGUCGAGUUGGGAACUGCCGCAACUACUUUAGAGAUACCAGCCACAACGGUUAUCCCAACACAAAUGGUAACAAUAACCCCUACUGUUAAACUACCUAUACCGUUAAACCGCAGGAAGCCAAUAGAUGGCACGCAAUCGGAUAGAGUCGAGACUCCUUUAAUAAUACAGCCAAGCCGAGAAAUUGUUAUUAUUCCGGCUAGACCAAAGGAAAUCGUUGAACCGGAGCAAACGGCGAUUUUUGCCGAUAACCCAACGUCCACUACUCAAAAGCCAGAACUUGUUACACUGUCUAGCGAAGUAACAACCGAACAGGUAGUUAAUAGAUUUACUGAAUCGGCUACUACAAUUUCUGUCCAGCAAACGACGAUUACGGAAAAUUCACAAAAGACAGAAAUUUAUUCCAGCGCUGAAAUUGAAAAAGGCCAAGAUAAUAACAGGAAUACAUCCAUAGCGGAGGUUAUUCCAACAGAAUCGGGACCUGCUAUUAUUCCACCAUCAAUACAUCGCACGGAGGAAAAAGAUAAGGAAUCUUACGUCGUUGAAAAAAUUAAUUUUGAAUCCGUAAAAGAAGUCGAACCCAUUACGUCAACUGCUUCCGGAAUUCCCAUUCAAACGACAACUACCUCCAGUCCAAUGCCAGAACUUUCUGAUCCAACAGAAGACUUUCCAUGGGAGCAAAGACACGAUUAUGAAGUUCAAGUGAAUCCAACAACAAAAGAAAUCGUUAACGUUCGGCUGUUGACGACAACAACCCCAAAACCACUUGUAUCUAUCGAUAAUUUUGACAGGACUUUAAAAUCUGAAAGUCUCCUGACGGAUGAAGAACAAGAUGAGCUCACCAUGGAAGUACUAAGUCGAAUUCUCGAACGCAAUGGCAAAAUCCGAACGCCAAAAGUUGGCGAUAAAUUUUUCUCCGGCGUGAAAGUACCGGGAACACGCGUCUCGGUUACGUCGUCCGAUCAAACAAAUAAAAAUGCGGCGGCCCCACCCAUCAGGACUGUGGUGGUACCCAACAAUAAUCGUGAUCGAACAGCUCACGGCCGCAAACCGAUUUUCAGCCACUCGAGCGAAGACGGCGUCUUUUUUUUCCGCUACGCCAAUGAUGAAGAUCCGUCGAACGCGGACAACCGGAAGCCAAAAUUGAAUAUCGACGCGGAUGACGAAAUAAGAGAAACUGAUUGGAAUACCCGGCGGAAUCACGUGCCAGUGAGGGACUCCCCUUAUUUCUAUUACGUCCAAGAUGGCACCAACUCAAGCGCACUGGUCAAAGCUUCUUGUUACGUUCUAUUCUUAGUCGCUUGUGUUUUGGUCGUACUUUAAUAUAGUAAAAUCUAUUUAUCUGUACUUAAUAUAAUUAUCCUAUUUUUACAGUAUUUUUUAUCAUUUGUAAGAAUAUCUCUAUCGCCAUAUUUUUCACCUUGGAAGAAAGCAUUGGGCAAGAUCGGGCAAGAUAUCAUAAAUUAUGUUGAAGGUGCAUUUGAUUAAUUUACAAUUACAUUUUUUUUUAUUCGGAGAAAGGAAGGUUAUAUUGAACGCAGUCCUAAUUUUUGUACAUUGAUUGCUCCAGUUAUGUGUUCCGCGUACGUUCGAAAAUAUACUUCAAUCAAAGCCAUGA